GACCGCCGUUCCUUCUAUAUGAUGUAGGUCGCGAGGAGGAUCCAAUCGGGAAUGGUAUAGUCUUGACGAACUUAGUUUUUUUUUUUGAAUUUUUAAUUUUGACAUCGCCUGACCCUGGCUUGCAAGCUCCGUUUUCGACAGACCUUCUCUCCAACACCUGCUAGUGUGGUCUCUAAACUCUGAAAAGUUUCUGAUAUGCAUUAUCUAUACUGAACCCUGAUUUUGUGCUGCCGUACGAUAUACACCGAGGCAUGUUGCUGAAUGAAGACCCCACAGCGAAUCGUAUGAGAAUUCCUGCUGCUCCCGCUUUCAUCCCCUCAUCAAAACCACGCGUCCGGAUAUGCCAUCAGUGUGGUUUCGUUUUACCACAAGAUUUUCCAUGGAUAGUUUGUGAUGACUGCCAGUUACUACCGCAGCUAAGGACCCAAAAUGCUCCUUCCCCUGCACAUGCUCUCCCUGCAAACAAAGACGCAGCGACGCCCGGACAAGCUGCACAGUUCUUUGCGACAUGUGUGUUGUGCCAACUGACCGUAGAAGGAUCAAGAAUCAAAUCGAGCUCUUACACACUCUGCCCUGCAUGUCGAAUGAGGCAAGAGGGCAUGGAACUGAAGCCUACAAGGCGCAUCAAUCGGCACGUACCAUCAUUACUCCCACCCACAUCACCCGUCAUCGCACCACCCCGCGAUCCUCCUCGCCCGUGUUUCUUUAACUCCCGCGGAGAAAUUGUUGCUCCUUCCCCUUUCCCUGUUGUCGUGGCGCCCAUGCGUGUGUGUAUGCGCUUCGGCUGUGGAGCACAAUUGGCGCCCAACCAGCUUUUCAACUUUUGUGAUAUGUGUCUGCGAUUGGGGUUUGGCCGUGGAGCGCCUGCACCGCCCCCUGCCCCCAAGCGCCUUCCGAAGCGCAUGAGAAGAGAUGAACUUCCCUCUGGAGUGCUUAUCUCGAAGGUCAAGCGUGAUAUAGAUGCUGCACAGAGGACUGAGGCCCUUGGACAGUCCCCGCAAGAAACGUGUGCGGAACUUGGUCCACACAAAAAUGAUGAUUUGGACCUCGAGUUGAUGUAUCCUGAGGUUAGUGCGAUGCGAGUUUUUUUACUGACGCCACUGGGUCUAAGCCGCCAAGUAGGAUGAAGAGCUUGCAGCACAAGAUUCCGUCAACUCGAUAGCGACAGCUGUUGGUAACAAUGUCCCACCUCCAGGUGUUGUCUUGGAACAUGGGCUUUCGCGGCUUUCACCCCUGGUCAUCAACACUACUGCUCGUUCUCUAAGCCCUCAGCUAGUCCAGCGC